CCAUUGAGAGAAGCCUGCUCUGAGGCCACACAGCGGAUCAGAGAUCAGGAAAAGACUGCAGUAAGUCAAGCUGAAGGACGACUGGAGCGACUGGCAGCAGGAGAUCAAUGAUAUGAGGAGGAGAGACGCUGAGCUGGAGCAGCUUUCACACACACAGGAUCACAUCCAUUUCCUGCAGAGUUUCCAGUCUCUCUCAGCUCCUCCUGAAUCUACAGACAUAAAUGAUGAUGAUCCCUUCAGUUCUUUCUCCUCUUUUGAUGGCGUCAGAGAAGCUGUAUUUGCUGUACUGGAGGAUUUCAUCAAAGAGGUGCUCAAGAUCUCUGACAGAGAUGUGAAUGAAUUGGAUCUGAAUUCUCACAUAGAGUCAGACUUGAAUGAGACUUUUGAUGAGGCAUUGCUGUUUGGAGAGAGUGUCCAGGAUAUUGUUCAUGUAGAUGGAGAUGUUGCAUCAGGACAAUCUCAGGAAAAUCAGCCAGGUGAAUCUCCUGUCGUGGAAUCAGAGCACUCGCCAAACAGCGUCACUGAGAGUUCCAGCUCCUGUGUAUCUCCCCCAGAAGACCCCGUUCACGAGAUGUUCUGUGAUCCUAUUGUAUCACAUUCGCAAGCCGGCGGAGAUGUUAACGAACCUACCCUGUCCACGCCCAGACGCGGGCAUAAGCGCCUUAGGGAGGUACCCGGUGCAUGUGAGCUACCCAGCACUUCACGUUUAAGGACGUUGGAAGAUAACGAACAAGAUUACGAAGAUAGAGGGCUAGAACUUCAUAAGGAAUCUCAGUUGGAUGUGUGCAAUGCUGAUGUUGACGAGUCCAGCUCGAAUGAGAGAGACCCAGGCCCUCCAAUCAAACGAUACAUGUCACGACUUAGUUACGAGAUGAUAAUUGAAUGCAGUGUGAGUUUGCUAGAUGAAAACACAGAACAACCAGCUGUGUCUGCCACUGAAACCCUGUCAGUAGGAGGGAUAACACUGUCCUCAGAAGACUUAGAAACUUUGAAUCCUGGUCAACGGCUCAAUGACAAUGUUGUUAAUGCUUAUCUUCACCUCCUGGCCUCGAAGUCGGAGACUAAAGUUCAUGUCUUUGAUUGCUUCCUUGAGGAAUAUUGGAGGAAGGAAGACUAUACACGCUGGAAAAUAGCAAGGUGCAGUUUCAGGAUUUUCAAUGGGCUUUUCUGCCAGUGUGCAGGUUCGAUCACUGGUUCUUAA